UCAGCCACUCAAGGUCGGGAACGUCAGCCCUGGUCGAAUGUCAGAAUCGUCGGUUUAGCUUGAACAAACCCGUUAGAAUUUUAGUUUAAUCGUUAAAAAUGCCGGAAGAAGUAUCAAAAAAUGCCGACGAUAGCAAAAAGAACUUAUGGUCGCAAAUUUUGAGUGACGUUCAAAAUAAUGGCAAUCCUAAAUUACCCUCCUGCAAGCAAGUUUUGGUGCUCGGGGACAACGAAUGCGGGAAAACUACCAUCGUGGCUAAACUGCAGGGCGUGGAGGACCCUAAGAAGGGCUCAGGGUUGGAGUAUGCAUACAUCGAUGUUAGGGAUGACUACCGUGAUGACCAAACCCGUUUGAGUGUGUGGGUCCUGGACGGCGAUCCGGGCCACAGCGACCUCCUCCGGUUUGCGCUGAACGAAGAAACAUUCCAACACACGCUGGUCAUUCUGACCGUGACCAUGACGGCUCCUUGGAGCAUCCUCGAGCAGCUUCAGCACUGGGCGUCCGUGCUGGCCGAUCAUCUCGAUAAACUGAAUCUGGACGUGGAUUUGCGGCAGAACCGGCGCCAGCAUAUAGUCAAAAUGUGGCAGGAGUACGUGGAGCCGGGGGACGAGCUGGACCCGGCGUCCCCCAUGAAGAGGAGCUCGAGGACGUUCGGGGAGGGGGAGGACGGGAUGGACGACGCGACGUCGCUGCCUGAAGGCACUCUUACUAAUAAUUUGGGGUUGGAUAUUGUUGUGGUCGUUACCAAGACUGAUUACAUUCAGACUUUGGAAAAAGAGCACGAUUACCGCGACGAGCACCUCGACUUCAUGCAGCAAUGGAUCCGCAAGUUUUGUCUCCAGUACGGAGCUGCCCUUUUCUACACAAGCGCCAAAGAAGAUAAAAACUGCGAUUUGCUUUACAAGUACUUAACACACCGUAUUUACGGAUUCCCCUUCCGCACACCAGCUUUAGUAGUAGAAAAGGACGCUGUCUUUAUACCCUCCGGCUGGGACAACAUGAAUAAAAUACGAAUCCUGUACGAGAACUUACACACCUGUAAACCCGACGACUACUUCCGAGACAUCAUUGUGCAGCCAACAACCAGAAAGACUAUAAACCGCGAGACCGAGCUCAUAGCCGAAGACGAGCAAACCUUCCUAGCACGACAGCAGCAGAUCCUCUUCGCUGGCGGCAACAACUUACAAAUACCAAGACUCGGAGAAUCGCCAAUCCGGUCAUCACCCUUAGGAAAAGGAACGGUAAGAACCUCAACUCAAGGCUCUCCCAAGAAGUUGGACAGCUCCAAGGUGGUGAGUUCCCCUGGGGGCGAGGGAGUCUUGGCGAACUUCUUCAACUCGCUGCUGCACAAGAAGACGGGGUCGAGUCCGAGCAACUCGCUGGUGAACAAGUCCGGAGGACCGGAGUCUCUUACGGAUAAGGCUACCAUGCGGUCGGACGCGGCAGCUGAGCUGGAUCGAUUGGCUAGGGGAGGGAAGAAACCCGGAGCUUCGGGACCUUCGAGCGGAGUCGAUUUUAACGCUUCUGAUUGUUGAAUUAUUUAUUUAGCUGCAAUUGAUAUUCUUGUUAUAGACGUGGUCUAUUUUUUUUUACGAUGUGCUGCGAUAUAUUUAACUUAGUAACUUUAUUAUUAACUUAUGUUUUUUUUUCCACUCGAAAAGGGCGAUGCAUGCUUUAACUAUGUCUCUUCAAAGGAGUAAUAAAUGUUUCUAAUGUCAAAAA